CGCCGACCGCCACCGACGCUCAGGGGUCGCCCAAACGCUCCGACUCUAGCGGCUUUUAGUCGCUGAUAGCGCGUUGUUCAGACAGUUCGUAAGCUCGCCGCGUGACUGCGAACACCUGACGAUAACAACACACUUUCCGCAUCGGCUGCGCUGACCGGUGAACAGAACAAAGCCUCCGACUGAAACGCCGCUUUCACCUGAAUCCAUAUCUGCGGCGGAUAUAAGUGGAUUGACUAUAACAUCGUUUUGCAAUCAGAUGAACAAAUAGAAAAGAUCCCAUGACGGAGCGUCGAGCCUGGCAUGGGGGGUGAGAAGACCCGGCCCAUGUGGUGGCAGACGCUACCUACCAUGCUGGUGCUGGCGACGAUCGGAUCUGCCAGCGACGGAGCCAUCUGUCCUGCGAGGUGCCACUGCAACGACGACACUCUCACCGCUUCUUGUGGCUCAGCAGCUCUCGAAGUCGUCCCCAUCCAGCUCAACCCCGAAGUACGACAUAUCGACCUUUCCGACAACAAAAUCACACACGUCUCCUUCACUUUUCGAUUCUACAACUUUCUAGUAACGCUUGAUCUGUCGUCCAACAAGAUCAAAAAUCUCGGAUCGUCAAACUUUGAUAUGCAACAUAAUCUCAAACAACUCAAUCUCAGCAGAAAUGACAUCGAGAAGAUAUCCAAGGAUUCGUUCAAAGGGCUCAGGGCUGUCACCAGUCUUGACCUCAGCCACAAUAAAUUAGAAGAACUCAAAUCGGAGACUUUUAGGGAAUUGCACUCCCUUCAAGUACUCAAACUAUCACAAAAUCGACUGGUUUACUUAGAAGAAGGGAUCUUUAAAUCUGCUAAACAUUUACAAGAACUACUUCUGGACCAUAAUCUCUUUCUGGAGUUACCAACGGGGGCAUUGACUGAUACUCUUAAUCUGAGAUUUGUAUCACUUGCUAGUAACCUUAUCAAAUCUAUCAAGGAAAAUCAAAUGCCGCCCCUUCCCGAAUUACGAACUCUACUGCUACAAAAGAAUCUUAUCAAUGAGAUACAUCAAUCGUCUUUAUCGGGUCUUUUGGCUCUAGACCAUCUAGAUCUAAGUGAUAAUAACUUUACAGUAAUACCAACGCCGUCACUGACGAAAUUAUCAAACAUAACAAAAUUAAAGUUGAGCGGUAAUUUCAUAAGUACCGUCCCACCGGUCGCUUUUAAAGGACUCUUCCAUUUGCGUUUCCUUAGAUUAGAUCGCCAAGAAAUCCUCGAGAGGAUAGACACGAGAGCAUUCGUCGACAACAUAAACCUUGAGAGAGUUUGGCUUGACGAUAACAUAGCGGUAGAUAGAUUACCAACAAGGUUAUUUCAUGGCAAUCCCCGUGUUACUCACUUGUCUGUACGUAACAACCGAUUAACAAACAUAGAAGUGACCCAUUUCCCUUUAGACCAGUUACGUGUUUUGAAAUUAGCCGGAAACCCUUUGGAGUGUAACUGUUCUUUGUCGUGGCUCUGGCAUUUGAUUCAAGAGCAAAAAUCGAAACGACUGUUUGAUUUGGGUAACGACACGUCGGAGGAAGAAGAAGGUGUAAGUCCCGGGGAAUUGGUUGUAGACUUGGAGGAUAUAAGAUGUGCCGGUCCGGAGCCUUUGAGUGAUGUCCUCUUGGCAGACGCGACCGAGUCCCAAGUGGACUGUUCUGUCAGCUGGAUUGCAGCCGUUUCGGCAACACUAACGGCCCUAUUUAUAGUCGUUAUAGUCGGCGGUUUGUUGUAUUGGGGCCCGAUAAAGAGGGCAUGUGCCAAGGAGAAGGAACUUGCAGGAGUCGAGAGCAGGUGUCGGAAUAAAAGCGUCGGAGCUUGUUCGAACGGAAGGAGUGAACCUUUCGAGAACAUAAGGACAGAUAAGUGCAUGAUCGCGCCACCUCUCAUACAUCACGACUACCGCACGUUGCCCUCCUGGGACCCCUACAGCGCGGACUGUGCCGGCAAUAUGAACAUUUAUGAACAUUUAGAUUUAAACAACAAGACGAGGCCUCAUAUCGUCUACGUGUAACUCCAGUGUGAUCUGUUUGUGCGGAUCGCUAGGUUCUUCCUAAAAUUCGGGUAUAGAAAUUUGGCGAGUGCGCCUGCAUUUAUAUUUUAUAGAACACGUGUAUCAUAUGUUAUAUGCCAAGAGCUCGACUCGGUCUGGAUACAAAACGCUCUGCCAGGAGCUUUUCAUCGAGCUCGAUUCACAUUCAACUCAGUACAGAUUCAAAAAGACUGAUUCGUUUUUAAAGUGUCCGUUUUUGCUACUCCAAAAUGUGUCAAAUAGCUUUAAAUUAAUGAUGAUGUGUAAAGUUGUGACAAACUAAAGCAAUAAAGAUUAUCCGAACCGACUGCAAUAUCUUAUUGCAUUUGACUACUCUUCAUUUUUCUUCUGAUCUUUCAUGCUGUCAACCGCGGUACUGGACCAUGUAUAGCUGUUCUAACACAAUUUACUUUAGGAACCUUUACACACGCAGUAAAAUAUUUUACUACAUAUAUAGAUUUAACAAAAUCAAAAUAUUGUCAUGUGUACAUUUGUUCACAAUAAUACCUGUUCUUAAUUAUGA